AAGAUGGUCCGCCCCACAACGUACGGCAUUGCUGCUGCUCGGAGCCUUCGCCACUCCUGUAGGGGUGCGACACCAGUGGCAAAAAAUCAACUGCGCGCAGGCUUUGCCACCGGACCUGGCCCCCCGUUUAAGGUGGGUGCAAUAUUGGUCGUGUGUUCUGACCUCAAUAUCUGCUGACAUUCGUCUUGGACCUUGGGCACCGGUUGUCUCGCGAUCGACAAUUGCGAUGUGCGGCUGUGAUGCGGGGCAAUGCAGAACGAUGAUCAAAAGUUCUCCCAAAAUCAAAUGCUCAUCGGAGCGGGCGUAGCGCUGGGUCUGGGCCUACUCAUUUACCGCAUGGGAAUCGUGGGAGAUAAGGGAGAGGCUGGUGCACCGCAUGCUGGACCAGCACGCGGCAACAACAGUCGCAACACUUCAAAGCUGCAUCCCAUGCAAACGGAUGGUAAGGGAGUCUGAGUGCAAUGUUCGGUUGGCUCGUCACACCGCCAAAGAUGGAAAAGUUGGUGACGCAUCUCGAAGAGUUGAACUUGGUGUGUGCUUUUGCUGCACGAGGCUGAGUGUGAAUCGUUCGAGCCCGACCGGGGAGGCCAGCAAGCAGCCAGUCAUCCAGUUCUCUUAUCUAUGCCGGUUUGUAAUGUACGAGGCUGAGAUCAAGGUGUCAGUUGUAUCGAUCCUUUCAAACAAGAACAUGUUGAUCUUUCAGCGGUCGCUUGAUUUUGACUCCCUAAUCCGAGCCCGGUGGGAGCAAGCGGGUGCGCCGGGUUACCUAUGUCCUAACAACAAGUUCCGGGUGGUUAGGAGCAUAAAUCUUGGUUUAUGAUGUGGCUUUCCUGGUAUGCA